GUGAGCGGACGUGUCUUUCGUUGCACGGUGCGCACUAACUUUAUGUUACGUCACUCGAUAUAGCCCGAGGGUCGGAUUCCGUAGCUCGUUUAUAUUGAGUGUCCUCUCGGGGGUGGUAUAUUGGUUCAGUGAGGUUCGAUGAUUUUGGUGAGAUGGUGCGGCGGCGGGAAGCCAGGCGUGCUUCUUUCACGCACCUGUGCACCGCUUUAUUGUGGCUGCUCACCUGUUUCAACGAAUUAAACGCAGUGAAGAUAGUGAAAUUAGUAGUGCCAGAAAUUAUACAGUACGGUGUACAAGACGCCGUGAUCUUAGACUGUGAUUACACAUACGGAAACGACACGUCUGGGCUAGUGGUGAAGUGGUUCUUUAGGAACAAAGCUAGGCCGGUGUACCAAUGGAUUGUGUCACAGAAGCCGCAGGAUAUGGGUAUAUUGAGGGGUCGAGUCGAUUUAACGUACAGAGCAUCGAACGAUCCAUUAAAAAUGCACAGAGCACUCCGCAUAGUGAAACCGAACACAGACAUUUCUGGUGAUUACACUUGUGUCGUGUCCACUUUCAUGGAGGAAGACUCGAGGACCAAGCAAAUGGUUGUUUUUGUGCCGGAGACAAACUUCCGCCUCAUCCAGAACAAGACUGACGACGAUACUGUCAACGUCAUAUGCGCUGCGGACGGCGCCUUUCCGGCACCCAACCUCACGCUCGCCACGCCAGAGAGGCGACUGGAUGGCGUGUCCCAUGACCUCAAACUGGUGAAUGGCAGAUACUCGACAGUGGCUUCUGUGACUUUACUUGAUGCAGAUUUGCCCUCUCCAGCUGAGUUCAUCUGUACUUUGAGAAUACCCUUAGCUAAAUAUGCUGUAAGAAAAGAAGCCAUUUAUUAUCCAGGGCCAAUCAGUACUACUCCAGAGAUGCCGACAGCUGCCGACAUGCAACUAGCAGCGGCUGUAGGAUCAAAAGGAACGAGUACGUACACAGCGAUGACGUUGGUGUUGCUGCCAGCAUUGGCGCAGUCAAUACUCUCUGUUAAGUGAACAGUCACUCAUUGUACAAGACAGCACGCGAAACAUCGAGCGCACUGAGUGACGUAGCAAGUGGCACCGCAGCUGUUCUAGUCAUAACGCCCAAAGCUCGCACCAUCCCACACCCGAUAACGGUGACAGCUAGUCUAAAACGCCUGUAGCACACAGCCGCGAAAGCGAAUCAAAAUCAAAGCGAUAAAGAUAUAAUAACGAAGCGAAAACGUAGCUUAAUGUUAGAUGUGUAUUGGUGUAGUAGGCCUGUAUGCAUAAACAGUUCACGUACAGGCAUAAAAUCGGUGAAAUUUUCAUUAUCGCUUCGCCUCCGUUUCUCUUUUGCAGCUGUGUGUUGCUAGCGUUAUAGUAGAUUCGGCUUUAUGUGUACUAUCUAAUUCGAGAAACAAUAAUUGCGUGUUAAAAUACUGAAUUAUACAUAGAUAUAUAAAUGUACAGCUCUAUUAUAUGAAUUUUCAUAUUUCAGAAUAUUUUUCUUAACGUCAAAUAAACGGUAGGUAUAAUGUUGUAAAUAUCGUCCCUUAUAUUUAUUGUGUACAGGCAAGUCGAUGGAAUAGAAAUUUGCAAUUUUUUGGCCUAAGGUUGAUUAUUUUUAGAUAACAUUGAUGUGUUAAUUAGAUUAUUAAUAUAAUUAUUUUAAUCGUAUCCGUAAUAUAGCACUGUUGCUAAAUUGUUUUUAAAACAUAGUUCUUUGAAAAU